GCGAACGCUUAUCGGAGAUAUGAUACCACACAGCCAAUCUACACCGUGGGGGCUGCUGUGCUGUCGUCAAAGCAAACCAGCAACCCCCGGAUGACGAAGCGAUACGGUAUCGCAAGGGUUCCCCUCGAUUGAGUCACCACCUACCAGCUUUGAUUGUGCAGCCGUUGCCAGCAGCGUGAGCACCACCAUACAAAUCGAUAGCCGCCGGCCGAUGGGGCAGCGGGACGCCAUGCCGUGUGUGUUUUUCCGCCUACUCGCCAGCCGAAGAAAAGUCGUUAACAGUACUACGGAUUCCUUCGGUUGUGGUUUUCCUGUUUGGCCGGGAGCGCGCGCGCUAUGAUGACUCACAACAGGCAAACAGCACACACUUGCCGUUUGUAGUACCUUUGUUGAAACGUUGGCGGAUUUGUAACUAUUUUAGGUCAGAGUGUGCAGAGUGCAGCAAUGCAUUUCUUCACAAUGUAUUUCCUUUUUUUUUCUCUGCUUCAGUGCUGUGCCCACACGAUAAUGAGCAAUUGCGAGACCGCUGGUUGGUAAGCACACGCGCAAACACUCGCACACACACCCAGGUGAAUGUUCUAUCAGUUGGCCGAUAAUAAUAUUUUCUUAUCACCCCAACCACAACCACACGCACAUAGGGCACACGGGCGUUUAGCACCUGUUCGAACACGCAAUAUGUGGGACACACAACCCGUGUCCGAUUUCCGACCUGCCAACGACGCGCAGUUAGAGCAAAAUAAUGCUGGUUCCGUCCACCCAAGGUGACAACCAAAACAAAAUUCGUCGCAGAAAUUGCUUUGCUGGUCCUUGUUUUGCUCCUUGUUUUCUUUUGCCUGCUGCCUUUACUCACGCACACGCACACGCUCCUUUGUCCUUGUCCGGCUGUGUAAAACGCAACCACUAAAGGGGGUGGGGGGGGGGUGUCCUUUUUAGUACCACCAACAACAAUAACGACAACGCUUGUCCUUUCUCUCGGUCCGCAGCACGCAACGGUCGAGUUAAGAGUUCAGCAACAACACAAACGAUCCAGCAUUGUUGUGCGCCGGUGUUGAAGAUAAAAACACGCACACAUGCACGCGCUCGUUCGCUUUUCCACGUCAAGUCAGCUGGACGCGCGGUACGCGAAGUAAACAGUUCCGUCCGUCCCGCAUCCGUCCACCGGCUCACCGGGAACACAGUGGCGCAAAUGACGCAGCAAGCUUUGAACCGUCCGCAACAAUUAACGUCACGCGAGGAAAAUGGGUUGAAAAUUCGCUCCAAGUGGUGCCCGAUUUUCCCGACCACCAAAAACACACCAAUGUUUACGUUUUUAUUCCCUGUUCUUCUCUCAGCGAGUGUGUGUGUGAGAGAGAGAGAGACAGCGCGCUUGACGAACUGUCAAAACGGGGUCAAAAGCAAUAUGGUGGAAUGGUUGCGAUGAACUGACCUUCUCUCUCAUUCUGUCACUGGUGGUGCACCUUAUCAAAACAAUCGGUGACGGUUGAAGCUAGGGAAACAAAAAGAAAAACAAUUUGUGCAUUAAACACAAUAUCACACAUUCCCGAUAGCGCGUUUUCAACUGUUUCGAUCGGCUAAAGCACCAGAGCACUGCAGAGCCCACGGAGCAAGGCGCUUCCAGCACGAUGACGGACGAUGUGAAACGGUUCUUCCACAACAUCCAGACACGUGUGGCCGGGCUGAACUGUAUCAUCAUCACGGAUCGGGACGGUGUGCCGCUGAUGAAGGUCGGCGACGACAAAUCGCUCGGCAUGAUCAUGAAACCAUCGUUCCACACCACCUUCACGAUGGCGACGGAACAGUCGAACAAGCUCGGGCUCGGCCGGAACCGGAACAUCAUCUCCAUCUACACCGGCUACCAGGUGGUGCAGAUGAACAAGCUCCCGCUGCUCGUUACCUUCAUCGGGACGGAAAGCUGCAACAUUGGCCACAUACUGGCACUCGACCAGCAAAUCGAGCUGGUGCUGGAUGAGGUAAAGGUUGCCGUUACCGAAACGUGAGCGUAAGGAGGUUUGAAAUUUGCAACCUAUGGUUUGCUUGGCAGAGGAGCGUGUGGUUUACAGUUUUAUUAAAGUGCUUUUAAUGUAAAAUUGAAUCGAAACCCGAUCGUGCCGCGUUAAUACGAUGAUGGAAAAAGGAAGGGGAAUAUAAAGUAUGUGUAUAUGAACAGUA